AUGCCCCGGGGUCUGGACAUGUCACUUGACGAGCUCAUUGCGAAAAGGAAGAAACCCGGAGGGUAUCAUGGUUAUUUCGGAGGCCGAGGCCGUGGCCGUGGCUACGGCCCAGGCCCAACUCGUCGGCUCAUGAACCGCAACACCGUCAGAACGGCGCCGUACUCUGCUCAACCGCUUAUGCAAGUGGUGAGAACAACCGUUGAGCAAGAAAUGGAAGUGAGCGGAGGCACAGACACAGAGGAGGGCACCAAAUUAUACUUAUCUAACUUAGACUAUGAUGUUUCUAACAGCGAUAUUGAGUUGCUCUUCUCUGAGAUUGGUCACGUGAAACGACAUACAGUCCAUUAUGAUAGGAGCGGAAGAUCAAAGGGAACAGCGGAAGUCAUCUUUGUACACCAUUCAGAUGCUCUUGCAGCAAUUGAGAAAUACAACAAUGUUCAGCUUGAUGGAAAGCCAAUGAAAAUUGAGCUUGUAGGAGUGAAUCCUGUUGCUCCUAUUUCUGUGCCUCCAAGUACAAGAAGCAUUCCGGGAAAUCCAAACUUUGUCUUCCAAAGUAGCCGAGGAAGAGCUGGUGCUAGGGGAUUGUUUCAUGGCCGUGGUGCUGGUGGGUUUCGACUUGCAAGGGGCAGUGGACAGGUGAAGAAGCCUAGUGGGAAGGUGAAGAAGCCUCGUGAGAAGGUGACUGCAGAAGAUCUGGACGCCGACUUGGAGAACUACCGCCUAAAAGCUAUGCAGAUAUGAAUUGCUCACACUGGUAGUUUAGGGGGUUAAGUCACAAACUGGCAAUAUACAUAUAUGGAGCAUUACCUUCUUACUAGUAUUAUCCUUUGAAUCUAUCUUACAUCAUUAGUAAGUUCCAAGAGUUAUAGUAACAGAAAACAAAAGAUACAUGUUUAUGCAUGGACAUCACUGAUAGAUUUUUCGGCCGUUGGCCAGCAAAAUACUUCUUCCUGGCUUCCGAUCGUCGGAAAAGUACUAACAUCAUAUGGUUGAUCAUUUCUAUCGGCUUAUGUUAUGGUUCACU